GAGCGUCCGGACGGUCGCUUUACGGCGGUGUGGCAGAAAUGGCGUCACAUUUUAGUGGAGUGCUGCAGCUGACUGACUUGGACGAUUACAUAGGACCCUCGCAGGACUGCAUAAAACCAGUUAAAGUUGAAAAGAAACCUGGAAAAAGAGCGGCCAAGAUCCGUAUUGAGGAUGAUGGGAGUUACUUUCAGAUCAAUCAGGAUGGUGCUACUCAGAAGCUGGAGAGGGCGAAGAUCACUCUGGACGACUGUCUGGCCUGCAGUGGAUGUGUGACCUCGGCAGAGAGCGUUCUCAUCACACAGCAGAGUCACGAGGAGCUCUACAAGAUACUGGAACAAAACAAGGUUGAGGAUCCUUUGCAGCACAGACUGGUGGUGGUGUCAAUCUCUCCGCAGUCACGAGCCUCCCUGGCCUCAAAAUUUAACCUCAGUAUCCAGGAAACGGCGCAGAAAUUGACUGGAUUCUUCAAACAGUUGGGGGUCCACUAUGUUUUCGAUACUAGUUUCUCCAGGAACUUCAGCCUUUUGGAGAGUCGGCGAGAGUUUGUGCAACGCUACAAGAGACAACAGGGGGAGAAGGCUGCCCUUCCCAUGCUGGCCUCGGCCUGCCCAGGUUGGAUUUGUUAUGCUGAGAAAACUCAUGGCUCCUUUAUUAUCCCGUACAUCAGCGUCAUCAAGUCUCCACAGCAAGUGAUGGGAUCGCUGGUGAAGAACUACUUUGCCAAGGAAAAGAACCUAAAACCCAACCAGAUCUACCAUGUCUCUGUGAUGCCGUGUUAUGAUAAGAAGCUGGAGGCCUCCCGGCCCGACUUCUACAAUCAGGAAUACGAGACCCGGGAUGUGGAUUGUGUCAUCACUACUGGGGAAGUGUUGCGGAUGCUGGAGCAGGAGGGAAUAUCUCUGUCUGAUGUGAAUCCCUCUCCUCUUGACAUGCAGUUCUCAAGUGCUGUGGAUAAUGAACCAUUGGGGCAUGACGGUGGAGGAUCUGGCGGAUACCUAGAACAUAUAUUCAAAUACGCAGCACAGGAACUCUUUGGCCUUCAUGUGGAUGAGAUAAAAUACAAGCCUCUAAAGAACAAAGACUUCCAAGAGGUGACGCUGGAGAAGGACGGGGAGGUGCUGCUGCAGUUUGCGCUGGCGUACGGCUUCAGGAACAUUCAGAAUCUGGUGCAGAAGCUGAAAAGGGGUCGUUGUGCCUAUCACUAUGUGGAGGUGAUGGCCUGUCCGUCAGGCUGUCUGAAUGGAGGAGGCCAGAUCCGAGCAGAAGGAGAGGCCGGCAAGGACUUAGUACAGAGGGUUGAGCAGCUGUACAUGUCCGUAAGGACGGAGUCACCGGAGCACAAUGACCGAGUGAAGGAGCUGUACGAGCAGUGGCUGGGGGGACGGGACGGCCCCGGGGUGCAGGAGGCCCUACACACACAGUACCAUGCGGUGGAGAAGAUCAAUUCUGGACUUACUAUAAAAUGGUGAUUCACAGACUCCUAGCCCAACAUUUCUAUGCUAAAAAUCAGAAAAAUAUUACAAUGUAUGUUUUGUCCCUGACAGGACUGGACUGACCUAGCGAAAGGUCGUGAUUUUCGAUACAAAUAUAAGAACAUUACCUUAAACUUCCAGAAUUUAAAAGGGGUGCCAGAAAGUUAAACAGAUUUGUAAAUUACUUCUAUUUAAAAAAAAAAAAAUCUUAAUCCUUCCAGUACUUAUCAGAUGCUGUU